UAAUCUAUGCGCUGGCAGAGAAUUAUAGAGGUCGACGAUCCCCAAAGUGCAACUAUAUAAGGACUUUCCUUUUUUGGUUCUUUAUCCAUCAGAUUUUCAAACCUUUCUAUUUCUGUACUGCAGGAUUUAAAACAUUAUUAAGUGCUAGUUCUCAUUAGUGAUAAGAAAGAGAGAUAAAAGAUGGGUUUGAAAGGAAAGUUGGUUUCACAAACAGAGCUCAAAGGUUGUAAGGAUCUCUUUCAUGAAAUGUUUAGGCACAAACCACACCAUAUUCCAAAUGUUGCUCCAAAUUCAAUUAAAGCUGUCGAUUUGCAUGAAGGAGAUUGGGGUACCGUUGGCUCCGUGGUCAACUGGAAUUAUACUCUGGUAGAUGGGAAAGAGGAGGCUGUGAAGGUGGUAGUUGAUGACAUCAACGAGGAAAAACGGUUAGUGACAUUUAAGGCAUGUGAAGGUCAUUUAACAGAGCAAUACAAGGCCUUCAAAGCAACAGUUCAUAUUGAGAAUGAAGGAGAAAACAACUUGGUCUUAUGGACUAUCGAAUACGAGAAGCAGAAUGAAGACGUUCCAGAACCCUUCUCUUAUUUGCAGUUAGCUGUUAAUCUGACCAAAGAUGUUGACGCGCACCAUGUCAACCAGUAAUAUCCUAUGUUGCUCGGACGACUCUUUAAAAAUAACGAUGAGUGCGUGUUAGUUUCUCAAAAAAUAGUACAUCUACGCGAGUGCAUGCGGAUCAUUUUUGGAGAGUCUGAACAAUAUAGAUAAUAUAUCUGUGGUUGAGAGAAAAUUAAUUACUAUGUUAUUGUGAAUAAAGGGAGUUCCAUGUUCUCUAUGAAUGUGGUGCUUGCCCAAUUCUGGUGGAUGUACUUGUUGAUAUUUGUAUUUCUCAUUAAGAUGUUUCCUUUGUUGUGUCUUCAUGAAAUAUUGUACUAUUUUCGUUUCUUCAAGAACAAAUUUUAUUUGUUUGA